AUGACAAAAGAAGAGGAUGAAAAAGAGAAGCAAAUCAGAGAUGCAUUCAAGAAGGAAUACGAUACAGAGAGCAGGAGUCUGGUUGGUUGUAUAGCAGAAGCAUUGACUAAGAGAAUUGGUGGGAAAAGAAGGAAGAAGUUCGAGCAAAUUGGGGCUACAAGUGAAAAUAAGACUAAAAUUGAAGAAGAGAACCAUAAAUGGUUGAAUAAGUUCAAUCAGGACGAGAAUGUGAGCUAUUUACGAGUAGAUUGUGAGUCACGUGAUUGUAAGGAAGCAAUGGUGGAGAUGAAAGGCAGAAUAGAGCGGAUUGAAAAUGAGAACAUGGAGAUGAAGGAAGAGAAUGAACAGCUUCGGAGGCGAAUAAGGAACUUAGAGAAUGAGAAAAGCGUUGAUGUGAAGAUAAGCAGAAUGGGUGUAGAAUUGAAGGGAGUGAAGAAUGACCUGGAUAGAAUAAAGAGGAAGAUGAAUGAAUACACGAGAAUCAAAAGAAUGAAGGAGACAAAGAGUAGCACGGAGGCAGUCAAAAGCAGUUUGGAUGAAAUGAUACAGGAAGAAGCAGAGCCAAUUAGAAUUGGACCACAGAACAGUGCCCCAUGUGAGAGUACUAGACUGAAUAAUUCAUCAGAUUCAUCCAUCGAAAUACUUGAAAAGUGUCAGAGUACGACAUCAAAUCCAACUGAAUCAAACAACACAAUUUUAGGCAGUGAUUUCAUUGAAACAAGAAGUGUGCGUGUGAUACACAAACCAAAGAAACAGGAGAAAGAGAAGCAGGUACCAAGUGUUACCCUGGAGCCAUUCAUCAAAAUGCAGUCAGAAACCAAUAUCAGUAAUAGCAUGCUUUAUAGCGAUAAAAAUAACAGCACAAAGAAACUCACAAUAAACAAAGAUGUAAUAGAAGCAGUGAAGAAGAAGAGUGAUCAAUAA